GUCCCUUAAGUCUCCACACAUAAUCCUCAGAGAUCUGUAAGUGCGUGACAUUUCUGCCUACACCUCACGUCCAGAGCAGUUAACCAAGAAUGUCUGUGUGUCUCUCAGUUGAAUCACCAGGGGGUUGAAUCUUCAUAGGGGUUAAGCUAAAAAGCGAGGAAAGGAGCCCCCCCUCCAAUGGCUCAGUUUUGCUGAAUAAUCACGUGUGAAUCGAGGGGCGGGCUUUUGGCAGGCAGAUCUUACUAGUAUUUACUACCAAGCUCUACUCCAGAUUAACCAUCCCAGUCCUUCUGUCAGUCUCCGAUGCCAUCAUGCAGCCUAGUUAGGAGCAAAGGAAGGGGGAGAAAGAAAAACAACUAAUUCAUCUUUUCCUGAUCGUCAGGACCCUAAAGAAUGGCCGAACCUUGGGGGAACGAGUUGGCGUCCGCAGCUGCCAGGGGGGACCUAGAGCAACUUACUAGUUUGUUGCAAAAUAAUGUAAACGUCAAUGCACAAAAUGGAUUUGGAAGAACUGCACUGCAGGUUAUGAAACUUGGAAAUCCCGAGAUUGCCAGGAGACUACUACUUAGAGGUGCUAAUCCCAAUUUGAAAGACCGAACUGGUUUUGCUGUCAUUCAUGAUGCAGCCAGAGCAGGUUUCUUGGACACUUUACAGACUUUGCUGGAGUUUCAAGCUGAUGUUAACAUCGAGGAUAAUGAAGGGAACCUGCCCUUGCAUUUGGCUGCCAAAGAAGGCCACCUCCCAGUGGUGGAGUUCCUUGUGAAGCACACGGCCAGCAAUGUGGGGCAUCGGAACCAUUCGGGGGACACAGCCUUCGACUUGGCCAGGCUCUAUGGGAAGAAUGAGGUCGUUAGCCUGCUGGAGGCAAAUGGGGUCGGGGACGGGGGAGCAGGAAAUCUGCAAUGAAUAUGGGAGGGCUUUCCCACAUUGCCUUUACUUUGUCAGUUAAUUAGUUGGCUUUCUUGACUAUUUUAAUAUCUUUUGUUAAAAUAUAGUUUUUUCAUAUUUUAAGCAGCUAGUUAAAGCUUCUGAAACUGCACAAGUGGAAAUCUUGCUACAGGUUCAUGAAUAUAUUUAAACAUCUUUUUCACUGGCAAAAUCUUGAUAUCUAAUGUGUAAUUGCAAAUAGCUUUGCCUUUCUUCUCCACAUUUUAUCAACUACUUGACUUUCUUUGCUUACCCCUUUACCAAUCAUUAUAUCCAACUUUGUUUAUAAAAUGGUUUGUCCUGAUGCUUCUUUAGCCUAAUUAAAACACUUUUUCCAAGCAGGCAGACAUUUUUCUGUGAUUUUCACUCCUCUAUAACCCACACAAAACAUGCCACUUGCUAAAAACUGUACUAAAAGCUCACAAGAUGUUUUGGAAAAAGUUAGACCAUUUGGAAAACUAGAUGUAUUCUGUUUAUGAUUCAAUUAUUAUUUUCUUUCUCUCCCAACCUACUCCACAGAGAGUUUACUUGGGACUCAUUUCUGCUUUAAAAAAAAAAGAAGAAGAAGAAGAAGAAGAACAGCAUUUUUGAGGCUCUAAGUUGACAUUAUUUCUGUAUGAAUUUCUCCAAAUAUUCUCUUUUCUUUUUCUCAAAGUUAAAGCAAAUAGUUGAAGAAUAUUUUUCAGAAGUAGCAAUCUGAAAACAAAUAAACAUUAGCUCUAAAAACCAGUUUUAAAAUGACACUUUAAAAGUGCUUCCCAUUAGUUGAUUUUUAAAAAAAAAAAUUUUAAAUGAAACAUUUGUUUUAGUAAUUAAUACAUUCCCCAAUAUUGUACCAUAAGUGUACUGAAUGUAAUACUAGUCUUUUCUCCCUGAAUCUCAAAAAUGUAAAAUUACAAAAUGUUUAUUAAAAUAAAAUGCAAAUACAAUUUUGAUGGGUUAAAAGAUUCAGCAAGAAUAAUUAUAAAUUACAUAUAAAGGUCAUAACUGUUUCAGAUCUGCAUAAUAAUAAAUGUAGAAACGUUUUCAAUAAAUAAAUAAGCCAACCUUC